CACUUCUAUAAGAAAGGUCCUCAGAAGUGUGUCAAAUUAAGCGUCGUGAGUGUGUUUGUGCGCGUGAUUUGCCCCAGUAAGCGAGACCGACGGGACGUGGUGACGUCAUUUUAGGAAAACGAAACAAAACAGUCGGAGUUUCCCCAGAAGUCUGAAACUCCGAGAGUCAGAAAUCAUCCGAAGCCGAGGCUGAGUGGAUGACAGCUGGUCACCUUCCUCUGCUGAAUGCGCUCUACUAAAGUCAGUUAGACUAAAAACAAAACUAAAAACAACCGGACUUUGGCUGAACGAACCGAAACUUCAUCACCAAAGAAAUGGCCCAUUCCAAACCUCUGCUGAUGCCAUGGCUGAGGGCCAACAUUGACAGUGGGAGGUAUCCAGGUGUCCAGUGGACAAACCCUGAAAAAACAGAGUUCUGCAUCCCAUGGAAGCACGCUCUCAGGCAGGACUCCUCCGACGCCGACGUUCUCAUCUUUAAGGCUUGGGCAGAGGUUAGUGGAAACGGCCAGGCUCAGGGAGACCCCUCCGUGUGGAAGAGAAACUUCCGCAGCGCCCUCAGGGCAAAGGGCUUCAAAAUGGUUUCAGACAAAAAGAACGAUGCUGCUAACCCACAUAAAGUCUAUCGUUGGCCUGAGGGCUCUGCAGCAGGAGCGAACUCUUCCUCUGGGUCCCAAGAGCAGGAUGACUCCAGUAAUUUUAACGCCUAUGCAGUUCAGGAGAGUAAGGCUGUCUCAUUCUUCGAUGAGGUUUAUCGUGAGCAGGAUAUUCUGUUGCCAGCAGAUUGCUCAGCCAGCCAGGAUAUCCUUCAGGAGUGUCUGAGAGGACUCAGUAUUGGCCCUGAAGCAGAGGGAACCACAGGCUUUCAGCCACCUACUGAGCAACAGCAGCAGCAGAAUCAGGUUUUGAUUGGUGCACAUCAGUUGCCUGGGCAACAGCAAGAUCCAGUAAUGUUUCAGGGUGCAGCCUGUGAAACUGGGUUGCCAGAGCAACCGGCACAUCCAGUGGGGGGAGCAGAGGGGCCGGGCUUCGGUGAUGGGCAGCAGGCAGAGCAGUUCCUGCAAACGAUGUACCAAACCAGAGAUGGAGAUAAUUUCAUGACCCAGUUUAAGGUGUGCGUAUACUACAGAGGAGUGAAGGUCUCUGAGCAGUUGGUUCAUAAUGAAAACGGACUCCGCCUAGUUUACAGGCCUGAUCUAACCGGUACCAUUGUGGAUCAGGAGACUGGACUCUCUCUUGUCUCUCUGCCAAGACCUGAUGGCAUUCUGGAUCAAACCCAAGCUGCUCUGACCCAAAGGCUUUUGAACAGUCUUGGCAACGGCCUUGACGUGGGCACGUUGGAGAGCGUGAUCUACGGACAGCGGCGAGGAGAUGUCAAAGCUUACUGGAGUUUAUCCAAGUUUGACAACAGCAGACAGCCAAGGGAGGUUUCUAAAAUGAAGCUUGAACCUCUUUACUAUGUCAAGGAAUUUAUCCAAGGAAUAAUAGAUUUUAUUAAUGGGAAGGACUCCCCGUCGUGCUCUCUGUUCUUCUGUCUGGGGGAAAAGUGGCCUGACCCUGAGAACAGGCCCUGGGAGAAAAAACUCAUAAUGGUAGAGGUGGUUCUGACUUCAAUGGAUCUUCUUAAGAAUAUUGCUGUUGAGUUUGGCGCCUCCUCUCUACAGUCUGUAGAACUGCAGACCUCUCUUGAAGAAAUGAUGGAUCUCUGCUGAUGAGUUUCUGUUGUUUUUCUGCCCUUUAUGAUGUGAGAAUAUCUCAGUUUCUCAUCUUUGGAAGCUUUUUGACAUCAAACAGAUCACCACAUUGUCGUGCUGCGUUAGCUGGGACGUCACAAAUAAAUACAUGUUUAACUAUAAAUUUGGGUUUCAUUUAUAUUUAUAUUUUAAUUCAAGUUAUAGACUUUAUUUUUUCAUGCAUAAUGUGUAAAAUUCAUUAUACUGUAAUUUAAAAUUAUGAUAUUUGUCAAACAUUUUGAUGCAAAAAACCCCAAAAACAUCCACCUCAGAUAAUUCUGUACAAUUCUGGACUUGCACAUAGAUUGCUCAAAACACUAGUGACAAAUUUGUCCUAAUUAUGAUCUUAGUUACUACAUUAUAUUAAAAAAAUAACAUAAAUACAUUUUUUUUUUACCAACCUACAGUAAAUAUAUAGGUAAAGCACCUAGCUUAGAUGAAGCACAACAACAAUUAUUAUUUACUUUCCCCUUUGGUAUAAAUAAAGCAUUUUUUUAUAACAGAAUUUUAAUUAAUGUUCUAUAAAAGCAUUAAACUCCAAGUACAAAGGGUUUACUGCAAAAAAAAAAUAAGUUAAGUUGACUCUUGUGUACAUCCAGCAUUCUCUACUUGUAUUUGUACUUUGGAGGAUGUAAUAAAAUCACCGAAGUACUUUGUUUUCUUUACAGUAUCUAAACUUUACCUGCAGUUCUACAAAAAAUGUUAGGAUUUUUUCUUGUUGGAAAUUUUUCAAUUAAAGCUCAAAGUAUACAAAAUGAUAAGGUUAGAUAGCUGUUUUCUUGUUGCUUUGCCUGAUUGGCAUGUUAUCCACUUUUUUUCCAACCUAAAGAAAUGAAUAAAAUGCCUCUGUUUACUUUAAAGGAACUACUGUUAGGGAAGCCAUUAAAUUUAAAGACCUGGGAUUUACUUGAAAAAUAUUUAUGGAGUGUGGUAUGGGAAAAUAUGUUGGCCUUGUCUGAAUCACUGUCUCAAAAAUAUAUUUUUACUUUUAAAAAGAUACCAACAUUUUUUAUAUUUUUGUUUGAAUACAAUACAAACAAUAGAUAUGAAUUUGGUAAAAAUGUUUUCUGUAUGAAAAUGAGGUAAAAUAUAUAGUGAAAAGACUCCAACCACUAUGGGGCAGCAUAUUUCUAAAGUAAGCCUUGCUGUGUGUUACAUAUGCAUGAAUACAUGUAUCCAUAAAUAUUUGAUUUUAAAAAAGCAGCAAGAUAUAAAUUUAUCUCACCAAGUUUAAGAUAGCAUCCUGUUAAUUUAUGAUGCAUCUGCUCCAAAAUAAUCCCAUAAAACACAACUGUACCAUAUAAUCUGCAUUGCACGCUGUUGAUUUCAUCUCAUGUUUGUAAAAACUCUAGGAUGUUACAUAUUAAGAAAUACUGGAAUGAUUUUCACUGGGCUGAGAUAAACUGUAUUUUUAUUACUUAGAGAGAACAAACUUUAAUCAAACACGGUUAGAAUCAUAAUGAAAUUGUUUUCUUCUCAGGAACUACCACACAAAUAAGAGCCACAAUUGUACAUCAGACUUGUAAGAAAGCUGCUCUAAAUGUGUUUUUUUAGUCUGAAAUUAUUCUUUUAAGCCUUUUUUGAUUUCUGUGACUAUCAAACAUUUUCUAUCCUGUUUCUUGUAUGGGUCUCUAACCAGAUAAACCAAUUACUGUACCAACCAAAUGUCAGCAUUGCAAUGUUUAGAAAAACCUUAUCAAUAAAGAAAAGGAACAAAUUUAA